AUGGCUUCGCCCUUGACAAUCUACAGCUUGGUUGAUUUCAACCAGAAGAGCUUGCUCAUCUCGGCUCUAUCCAUUGCCUUCAACCCCCUCUUCUGGAAUAUUGUUGCGAGACAAGAAUACCACAAUAAGGUCCUCACGAGGAUCUUCGGCGGUCGCUCCCAAGCAGCGUGCUACGCCCUAGCCAUAACCAUCUUCUCCCUCGGCCUCUUCCGCGACUACCUAUACGAGCGGGCCCUCCGCCACCAACCCUCCCACCCGCUCCUCGAGACCGAUGCCGCCACCUAUGCGGGCUACGCCCUCCUGGCGGCCGGUAACGUGCUGGUCAUCAGCUCGACCUACCGCCUCGGCAUCACCGGUACCUUCCUGGGUGACUACUUCGGCAUCCUGAUGGACAGCAUCGUCACCGGCUUCCCCUUCAGCGUUACCGACGCUCCCAUGUACCACGGCUCGACCAUGAGCUUCCUCGGUACCGCCCUGGUCUACGGCAAACCCGCCGGCGUGUUGAUUUCCAUCUGGGUUCUGACCGUCUAUACCAUCGCCUUGACCUACGAGAACCCCUUUACCGCCGAGAUCUAUGCCAAGCGCGACCGCGAGAGGGCUGCUGGCAAGGAGUCCAAGAAGGCCCGGUAA